AUGCUCAACUUCCUCCGAAAACCGCCCGAUCCCAAGGAAGAGGACCGGCGUGUGCAGGUGUUUGCACUGAUCCUGAUCGUCAAUUUGCUGAUUAUCGGCGUGUGUUUGGUUGUCUGGAAUGGAAAUGCUAUCAGUAAUGUAAGUCAGGGUGGGUUCGGGGUUGGGACAACCCACGUCAAAAUGAGAUAAGCUAAAACGGUCCGGUGAACGGAUUUGCAAUUCGCCAAAAAAGACGCGAAAAAACUUUUGGUCGGAGAAGAAAUGGGGAAUUUUUGGGGCGAGAGAGUACGUUUUUGCGUGUGUUUUUUCUCUCUUUCUCUGCGAAAUCAAGACUAAGUGUAAAAAACCGAUAGCGAAGAGUCUAUUCCGGUCACCGGACUCCACAGUUCGACGUGCAACCUUUUUGCAAUUUUUUUGGUUUGAAAAAACGUAUUAUAUAAAAGAGAUCGAUAAAGUCAAGGGAAUAUGUUAGGGUGCUUUUAGAUAAAGGUGUGACGUUCGGAUUUUCAAUAAGACAGCAUAAAAUGAAAGCUAUUUUUUCUGAAGCACAUGAGAUUUUCUUUGCUCGCGCAUUGCAGAGAAUGCCAUUUUUUAGGCCAAAAGUUGGAAAAAUGUCAAGUUUUUUGGGAAUUUUGGCAUCCAUAAAUUUUCACACGUUUUUUCUACUGUAGAAAAUAAUAUUUCCACAAAAAAAUCAAUUUUUGCCACCCGAAACUGGCAAAGAUAUGGCCAAAAGUGUUUUUUUUUUCAAUCCAUCUUUUCGUGCUUUUUCUCUUCGAAAGUAAUCUCUGAAAUCCUCGGCUGUUCCUGCAACGCGCGAUAUACAAAUUUCGAUUUUUUGGCAAGUUAAAAUAUUGUAAAGCUUUUAAGAAUUGAUACGCUGACCAGGCCCGACACCAAGAAAAUCUUUACACCUGGCUUGGAGACCCUUGUAAAUUCUCGGUCUAAAAACCAAACUUUUUUCUAUCCUCUUAUCCUUUUGUGACUUUGUGCCAAGUCUGAUAAAAAUCUCAAUAUCGACCUUGAGAAUCUUCUUUACGAACUUUCAAUUUCUUUUUCUUCAUACCCGAUUUUCAGGUAAAUAUAACCUGUGCCAUACUGGUGAUAGCCGCCCUUUCCGGCCUCUGCAUGUUAUGCUGCAUGUCCUGUCUUUUAUUCUGUGUGGUUACCAAAGAGGAGGCGGAUCGAAAAUUGGAUGUGCAAACGGUUUAUCCAACCCCUGAGUUCACAUAUUUCAAUGGGACAAUGUUGAGUCGGCUGAAUGAAGAGAAUGGAAAAAAUGCGGCUUUCCCGGGAUCAGGUAGGUCAAAACUUGAGGAAAUAAUGAGUUUUGCUUGUUGUUGCAAUGAAAUUUAGGGUAUGGACGGACGUUUCGGCGAUUUGACGAAAUGUCACAAAAUUUAUUGGAAAAAUUUUAGUUGUUUUCUUGUCAAAAUUUUUGUUUAGUAGUUCAAGCAGAAUCGUAAAUUGAUUGAAAUUGUAUAUCUGCCGGAUGUCUUUCUUUUGACAAAAUGUCACAAGAUUUAUUUUCAUUUUUUUUCUAUUUUUUGGUUGAAAUAUCUGUUCGGAAGCUCAAACAGGACUGUAUUCUGGUCGAAAUCGUAUGUUCCCAGCCAUUUAGAUGUCUGACAAAGUGUCCAAAGAUUUCUUGCAAACCACUUUUCGAAGGAAACAUCCCUUUACGAAAGCUUGACGAAGUGUCACAAAAAUUAUUGGAGAUUUGUAGGCGACUGAUUCUUACUGAAAGACUGAUCGCCAACCGAUUUUACCGACAAUCAGUUUUCGCUUAAAAUCCAUUAUCUACUGCUUUUCCAUAAACUGGACGAAAUGUCACAAAAAUUAUUGGAAAUUUUGUUGUACAAUUUUUACUUCCAGUCAUUGCUGUCCAAAAACAGGUUGAAUCUUACUCCAAGACAAUUUUCUCAGAAGUUCUAAGCCUUGCAAUUCCCGAAAAAGCUGCGUUUGAUAAAUUUUGUUCAUGAUUUAUUUUCCAGUUUUCUCCAUGCUCUCAACUGCUCCGGCGGACUCCCCAGCGAAGACGCAGAGUCUGGAAACCGUCUCUUCUUCACAUUCCAGCCAUUGGCCUAGACCAAAGCCGCCAGUCGCAUUAAGUGCCAACCAUUCAAACGAAUCCGACUACCUUCGGCUUUACUAG